CAGCGGUAUUUGACCAGCAGUAUUUGACCAGCGGUAUUGUCUGCUCUAAGAUCGGCAUCUAACACGUCUUUCUUGCAGCUGAGGACGAAUUCAUGGCAUAUGUUUGAGUUUGUUCAACCUGUUGCUAUCACAGUUACCUUCGCUGUCGCGGUUCCCUGACUCGAGUCGGAUGACGGAUCUACGUCGCCGGGGCCACUUCCUUCUUGUGUACAGUGACUUUGUAUAACUGAUGGCUUGAAUACUGGCUGCGUGUAGUCGGCGGGGGCCGGAAACGUGUGUGGAUCAACUUGGCGUCGACCCCCCCUUUCUGAAACGUAUGGGUGCGCCGCGCCCCCUGCGGGGGCCGGGGCACGCCAACCCACCACUGCCACAGUCACCCACCACUCUCGCAAGUCGCCCACCACUCUCGCAAGUCGCAGCCGCAAAUGCCCGAACCCAGGGCAAGUCAUCACCUUACAUUUCCCUCGCAGACUAACAUGUAGCCCAGACUACAAUAUGCACAAGCGAUGUUUGGAAGUUGCAAAGUGAGACGCAGGCCGAAGUUUCCGCGAGCGCACAUGCGCAUGCUACGGUCACAUGCGCCACAUGAGUCGGGAUAACCGAUGCGCAUAUGUCCUCUCGUGCGCACAUAACAGGUUUUCGUGACGUCACACGGCCUGCUGUGAGCGUUGUGCGGUGCGCAACGGGUUGGCAAGCGCUUACAGUCUUCGGUGCUCCACCUCGCUAGCGGCUUCCUGGUUUAACCUGACUGCGCGAGCACUAUCUACUCGGCUGUAGGUCUUGGUAGACAGAAUGAACGAGGCGCUGGACUUUGGGAUCGGCGACUCGCAGUAUGUCUUCACGGAUUUAGAGCUCAACGAGCUGCUGGGCGUGAUAGAGCGCAAAGCAGCCGGCGAGGCCGAGCCUGACGCUCUCGAUUUCCUGCGCGCCACUGACGGCAAUGGACUUGCUCUUCAGUUCCAACCGCGUUCUCAAAAGGACAACGGCAGUGGGUGCAGCCUCGAGCAGAGCGCGGUUGCAGCAGCGGUCAAGCUGGAGGAUAGCGCGCUGUCAUCGGCACUGGCGUCACCGGUAGACACACCCGCACUCACCGGCGUCGCCGACCCAGCGUCCCUCUACGGUAGCGGUGCAGAGAUAUCGAUCAUGCCCAUGCCUCACGCCGCCGCUGCUUCCGCUCCGACGUCACUUCACGCCUACACCCUGCCGGGCACCGCGGGGCACGCGGCGCUUGUUGGCAGCUCGCCGGCGCUAGUGAGCACCCUUGUCGCCGCCGCCACUGCCGCACAGCAGGCGCAACACAAUGCGCAACUGGCGGCAGCCGCGGCCGGCUGCCUGCACGUGCACGCCCCACUCCAGCUGGCGCGCUUCGCAUCGGUUCCGGCACCGCCGGGCAAAGCCAUGUCCAUGUCCAUGUCCAUGGCUGAGCCCAAGGGCCAGAUCAGCCACUCCACGGUGGAGAAGCAGCGCCGCGACCGCAUCAACUCACUGAUUGACGAGCUGCGCGAGCUUGUGCCGCCGCAGCAGCGUGGUGGAGCCAACGGUGCCGCCGCCGCCGCCGCCAACGACGCGGGAGGCCUGGAAGCUCGGCGGCCCAAGCACGUUGUACUGGCAGACACCAUCCAACUGCUCAAGCACCUGCAGCUCAAGCUAUCAAUGGGCGCGCUGGAAGUGGGCGGCGCCACCAAUGGCUGCUACGUCAACGGGAAUGGCGGCUACUGCAAUGGAGGCGGCGGCGGCGGCAGCGGCGGCGCCGUCGGGCGGCUGGGCAGUGGCUUCAACGGGGAGGAGGACACGGCCAACUCGGAGGGCAAGGCCAGCAAGGGAUCCUCCAGUCACGAGGAGAUGGAGGUCGGCGGCGCUCCUCAGAUGCCACACAUCCCCUGCCAGAUGACGCAGAUGUCGGGCGUGACGGUGGAGCGCGGCCCCGACUGCUACUACGUGCAGGUCAAGUGCCGCGACCGCAAGGGGCUGCUGUCCGACAUCAUCAACGCCCUGAGACAGCUGCCACUGGAGAUCCGCACCGCCGCCGUGACCACCACCAACGGCACGGUGCGUGACGUGUUUGAGGUGAAGUUGGACGACCCCGGGCUCAGCCCCGAGGACGUCCAGAACCUGGUGCACGACGCCCUGUUCCAGAGCCACCUGUUGGCGGCGCAGAGCGAGAGCCUGGCCGCAGCCGGCAAGCGGCCUCGCGCCUAGCCGCCGCAAGGUGCGGAAAGGUGGCCGGAGCAUGUUGCAAAACGGAAUGCUAGCGCUGCCAAAGUACAGCUCGUUACUGAUCGACAAGCUUGAUAGCGCUGAGCGCGGUCGCCGGCGGAUGCAGUAGCAAGGCGUACUGCUGGGCGUCGUUGUCGCGUCGUGGACCCCGUUUCGAGGCCUGCUGGCGGGAGAGGGCAAUGCCAGCAGCUGAUCUGAACGGCUUGCGCGGCGGUCCAAGAGCAUUUGCAGGGGCGUGAGCGAGCGGACUUCCGAAGAAUAGAGGGGGGAGCUGUUUAGGGGUCAGGGCCUUCGUGCAUUGCUGGGCAAGUUGCGGAGGGAGUACAGAGGAGCAGAGCGGAGCUGACAGCAAGGGUCUGCAUUUCCUUAGGUCCUGGCUUUUUGCAAAGCUGUGAGUGUGCGGCUCAAUUGCCUGCUGUUGUCGAUGGUUGGUAGCACUGCUGAGGCUGAGCCGGGGUGGGCCGGGCGGGGUUCACGCGUACGGCAUAGCUCGAGAGCGCAAACAACAUCGAACGCGUCCGCCCCUGCAAGCGGCAGCAGUCUCCACGACACUCGGACUCCGUUUGGCGUGCCGAAUGCGGAGCAGCGUGGAGCGCGCACCGGUGUCUCGUCUCGAAGGUAACAAGUAACCGCAUUGCCGCUGACACUAACUUCUUUCGUGAUGUUUAUUGCUAGCCUGGAGCUCGCGACGGCGUCUUGCAUUCGCAUUCACUCGCAAGCACUUCGUUAACAUCCGUCGGCUCUCUUCAGGGUGUUCAAAACCGGAGCUUACAACGAAGUACCAUAAUGGCUUUGGUGCGGCUUGAUUUGCCAUCAUGGUAGGUAGCUCAAAAUGCCAUGGCUUGCACGCCUCUUGGCUUCGCAACAAAGUACGUAAACAAUUUUGAGAGGACUCUCCGGUAGUUAGAUGGAUGCGCUCGUAGGGUACCUCACAAAGUCAGAUACACGGCCUUCUGGACGUUGGGCUGUGGGAGCCUCCCACAAACGUUUUGCUAUGAUGAGGUCAGGCAACCGAUCUAAUCGCUGUGCACAAUCCCAGCUGCCAGGCAAGCCUAGUGGCUUUGUUGCGCGGCAGUUUAUGUCUGCAGGCAAGGGCGUGGCGUUUUGGUUAUGAGGGGCGGCGCGGACGUUGAUCGAACUUGCAUUGCCCACACGAUGGCGGGGGGAAGUGGGGCUACAUGACCACACGGAGCGAGCUUUGGACAACAUCAUCGCUUACUGGACAGAGGCGCGCGGACAUAUUACGCAUAGCUUGGCCGCAAGGGCAGGUUGCUUCAAUGCAGGUUUUGAAGGUGGUGGGAGUCCGCACAUAAUUCGCGUUACUCCUAUGCAUCUGUCUGUAGUGUGGCCUCACCAUGUGUCUGUAGUGUGGCCUCACCACAAUUGUGCCCUGCUGUGUGCUGGUAAGUGCAUGCUGCGCGUGCCCGCUGCGCGUUCGCUCUAGGUCUUGAUUUCUGUGCUCUCUGGCGGUUGUGUGCAUGAAACAAUUUAACUGUUAGCAACUCAUACACGAGCGUGCCGUUCACAGUCGUUUCGUAAUGUUCAUGUUGUGUGUGGUGGCUGAACACACGGACAGCCAGUGGAGGCUGUCUGUUUAUUGAUCCUGUUGCCGCAGCAGCGCCGCGCAGCGGCGCGCGCCCGCGAGGCAGCAGCGGCGCGCACCCAGGCAUAAUGAACGGGGUGCGCUGCGGUCUUGGCGUGUUUACUCUCAAUUGAGUUUGAAAGUUUGUCGAUAGGUGUUGUCGACUCGCAGUGGGCAAGGAGCAGAUUGGAGGCGUAGAGUCUAGGCCACAUGAGCUAAGCGCGCCUGCGGUUGAGCAGGUGCAGAACUGGUUACGCAAACAUAAUACUCUUCCUUAAUAGCGGAUAUACGCGAACAGUUGCCGGCUUACCGGAUGCAGCGGCCAAGCAAUCAGGGGGGGCGUUCAGUACGCUGGUGUGGGGCCAACGACAUGGCGGCGCACAAUGCGCCUGCUCAUUUCCUUGGGUCUUGGCUGAAAGCCGGCUUUCAGCAAAGCUGCGAGUGUGCGGCUCAUCAAUUGCCUGCUGUUGUGGAUGGUUGCGUAUGGUUGGUAGCACUGCUGAGGCCGAGCCGGGGUGGGCCACGCGUGUGGGCGUGUGCGCCGUCUCCGGAAGCAUUGCCACAAAUGCUGCGAAGUCGAGAAGAGAACGGGCACAAUUGGGAGGCAGCAGAUCGCUGGUAUUGUGCCCGAAGGAUCUGCGCUUAGGUUGUGAAACCUGUGUUUCCAUGCAUUGCGUCGUGUUACACGUUAUAGAUGGCGGCCGCCGCCGGAGACGUAGGUGAUGGGUACCUGCGAGCAAGGAACUGCAGUCUUCAUGUGGGGUUGGGAGGGCAAGCCCGUACCGCCGGAAAGACGGAAACCUUGGUUGAUGACUGCUGAUGACGACAUAGCUGGGGAGGGACACAUACGAGGGCUAGAAUUGGGCGCAUGACUGCCACACACGCCAUCAAACGAAGCGCACUGUCACGCCUAUGUCUGUGUUUGCGGCUCAGAAUGAUUUGGGCAUGGGAAUUGUGCGGGAGGUUGGCGAGAUGGAAUGCAGGGCCUGUUGUAUCAGGGCUUGAAGCGCGGGCAGCGUAUGCAUGCAGAUGCGUGACGCAGGGGGCGCAGCCAAUGAUUCCGGCUUCGCACCCAUUGAUAGCGCAGUGCAUCUCGCAUUUGCUGUUCAGUGCACGUCAAGCGCAGCUUCUUACUAAUAUAGUAGCACGGUAAGGGAUGAUUUGACGGGAUGUGGCCACGGAUGCGUGAGGUGUUGACUGGUGCAAGCUUCAGGGAUUCAUAAGCGGAGGCUGUCGGUUACGGCUAUGAUGGCAAUCCGUGGAGGGUUCAGUGCGUGGAUGUCUGUGAAGGUGCAAGUGAUAUUUGUAUUUAUUUGGACGGGUAGUAUCUCCUCCCGACAAGGAGUUUGGUCAGGUAUGGGCGUGGUCAUACGUGCGCCUUACUAGCUAGCUAUGAAGUC